AUGAGUUUGCUAUUGAGGCGACGUUCGCGCAGCGAGACACGUCCUCAAGCGAAUCCGGUAGAGAAGCCCAAACAGCCGGAAUCGAAUAUUUCGGACAGGCAGCAGCAGCAGCAGACGAAGCAACACCAGAUGCGCCACCACCAGCCGCAUGCCAGUGAACAGAAUCUGAACAAACUGGGCCUGGUUUCCAGUGGCAGUGGCUCCAGUGGAAUGGGCAGGCGCAAGACAUCCGCGGAGCUCAUAAGCGAGGCCAAGAUGUUCCUGGGCGAAUCGGUAAACGCCGUUCCACUGAUGGCCACCGGCGGUGCUCGUUUGGUUAGCACUCGACGCCCUAUUACGCCCCGCGAAUCCGGACGAGUUUUGUACGGCAAAGUUGCCCUGGCUGGACGACCACCAAGUGCCUUUUCCAUGCGGUAUCUGCAGAACGAGAAACCAUCGACGCCCCGCCAGUUGCCGGCUCUAUCUGGUUCUGGUCCCGCCACACCCAUGCCCACCCGGAAUGGCGCUCUGCUCUGUCAGUCCAGCACAGAAACGCUGAUCGAACUGCUCAAGCAGCACAGUGGUCUCAAGGAUUGCAGCGACGAGACAGUGCAGCACAUUAAUGCGAUCCUCCAGGAGCUUUAUACGCGUGUGAGAAAGCAGGAGCGCAACUACAAGCGCGGCUUCAUCCUAGGAGGACUCUAUGGUUUGGUGGAGUGCAGUUCUCCACGCGUUCUUUUGGCUGUGGCUCGCGUGGUUCUGGCUCUUCGGGUGACGGGCAGCAAUCUCACGGGUGCCUGCAAGCUGAUCUUCAAGGUGGCCAGGCACGAGCAGCAUGAUGCACUGUUCCACGAACACGACGUGCUGGAAUUGCUCAUUGAUGGUUUGGGACACGCCUCGCCACUGGAUGAGCCGGAGGCGUGCAUUUAUGCCUAUGGUUGCAUACGUUUUCUGACCGCCAGCAGUGCCCAGGAGCGGGAUGAUGCCCUCAACCGCAAUUGGAUUGGUUUGGAGAGCUCCGGCGAGAGUCAGUCGCUGCCCAUUCCUGCUCUAAUGCCUCCAGCUCUGUCGGCCAUCUCGACAUCGCUUUGCCCCAGAAAAUUGACGGGUCAGCAAACGUUAGUGUCCCGCCUGGCUCGUCAUGGCGCCGUGGAGCUGAUGAUCCUGCACCUGCAGAUGUUGAAUGAGGCUGGAGCCACCAAACGGCUCCAGGGUCCGCCGCUACACACACUCUAUCAACUGUCGGCGGCCAUGAGAGCUCUGGCAGAUGUUUCCCAGCAACAGCAGCGUUUGCAGCUUCAACUGCAACUGGCAUGUCCACAUCUCAUCCGAGCGGCCGAGGUUUCCAUGGGCGAACUGGAGGUCCAGGCCAAUGUGGUGCGCACUCUCAGUGUGCUUUCGGAGGACUCUGAUUGCUGUGAAACGCUGCACAACUAUGCUGCCAGGAUUGGGCUGCUCCUGGGUCCUUCGUGUGUUGGCGGUGGGCAGUGCAGUGAACGGCUCCUGGCGAUUCUAAGUCGUUUGGGCUACAUGCUUGGCAACAUACUGGCCAAACACGAAUCUGCGCGCAUACAGUACUUUCACAACGAUGUGGCCAUGGAGUAUCUUCUAAAUGUCCUGGAACAGCUGAACGAACGCUCACCCAGCAGUGUGGCUCACUUGGAUGCUCAAAUCAAGUUGAUACGAGUGGUGGCCAAUAUGAGUGUGAAUCCCGAGGUGGGCGCAGGCUUGGGAAAUGUGCGUUCUUUGGGCGCUGUGCUGCUGAAGCUUUUGAGCAAGACCAGCGAGGAGUUGGCCAAGAAAAAGUCGCCGGAACAGCAGGAGCUUUUGCAUGCCACCUUGGGAGCCCUGCACAAUCUGUGUUUCUACCAGGACAAACAGGCAGCUGUGCAGCCGUUGGCCAAGGGAUCUCUGCAGAGUCUGAUUGACGACUUGUCCGCCUCGUUGGCCAAAGUGUUGGGCAACUGCCAGACGGCGGUGACCAAAGUGGAGCUGGCCCGUGUGCUGGGUAACCUGACGAGGAACGAGCAGGCACGUCGUUGUUUCUGUACCGCCGGAGGAUUGCCAUUGAUGGUGCAGCAACUGACGAAACAGGCAGCUGGCCAGGACUAUGAGCUGCGCACCUGUGCCAUUGGUGUCCUGGUGAACCUCUUGGGCGAUGGCGAACAGCGAGGUCCAUUUCUGCAACUGAGAGGAGCCGAACUGCUGUCGCUACUGCUGCGUGGAUCCCUGGAGCAGGAGGACUGGUUUCUGGCCAACAUUGUUUGCCAGGCCCUCUGGAAUCUUCUCAUCGACGGUCAUUGUGCGGCUAAUCUCUGCCAGACCGGUAAUAUACUCGAUGAAGUCAGUGAUCUUCUGGCCGAUUAUCUCGAUGAGGAUCGAUUAUCACCCGGCGAUGACGAUAACGAGAACGAUAACGACGAGGAUGAUCCGGAGCGUGAAUCGGAGGAUUUGGAUGCUACGGAAACGGACCCGGAAGCGCACGAUGCCUUGUGGGAGGAUUUCGCACUGGUGGCCACCGAUUUGCUGGAACGCAUCCAAAACAACUUCGAUAGGCAGCAGCAAUCGCAGGCAUUGUUACCCCAAAAUGCCGACAACGAAGAUGAUAACGAUGUAUUUAUCGAAGAAAUGUAG